UCAUCAUCAGAUGAUUUUAUUUCAGUUUGCGACUAGUCAGUGUGCGUGCGCCAUCGUAAAUUUCUUGAGUGUGUUGUGUGCCUCGUGUUUCUUUUUGACUUUUCUUUAGUUUUUCUUCAUUUCUUUUAUGCUUAAGGAUUUCGACGAAUUCCUAGCACUCUAAGGAUAAUUACUUGGCUUUUAUCUUUUUAUUUCAAUUUUCCGACGCACAACGGGCGCGCCACGUACCUCCAACCAAAAACGAAUAAUAGAAGCGUCGAGGCGAACCGCUUCACCCGAACGCUGCCGAUGUGAAUUCGCCGACAUCGACCGAACAUUACCGAGACUAGACUGAAAAACUGUGAUUUGCGAGAGAAAAAUAACUAGAUUUUUUUUAGCGAAUAAUGAAGGAAGAAGUAUGCGCGGCGGUCAAGUUUUUCCUCUGUUUCCUGGAGAAAAGUGAAAAGGUGCCGAGGGAGCAGUUGAGUAACUUUGAGAAACACCUCACGGAUCUUCUCAUUGAAAGGUUUGAGAGACACUGGUUCCCAGACUUGCCCAGCAAGGGCCAGGGUUACCGCUGCAUCCGUGUGAACGGCCUCAAUCCCGUCGACCUCACCCUAGAGAUGGCCGCCCUCAAAUGCGGGCUGCGCUACAAGGACCUCAGGCUUCCUACCGAACUGACCGUAUGGGUUGAUCCUACUGAAGUGUGCUAUAGACUCGGCGAAUCUGAAGGUUCGUACUGUACCCUAGCAUCUUUCCCCAACUCGGACGCCUCGUCGACGACGUCCUCCACGUCCUCGUCCAAUCCCCCGUCGACUUCGUCAUCGCCUCGCCCCCUGAGCCCGCCCUCGUCGCCCAGGAGCCCCGCGAGAACGCCCACGCCGCCCCAUCAACAGUCGAUCGGUAGGCGACCGGGCCACGUCCAACGGCCCGUUAACCAAUCGAUGCCGGGCAGGUCCCCGCCCACGGGGGCGUAUCCCGGGAGUGGCUUCGAUUAUGGGGCGCAGCUCGGGAAAUUCAGGAACGCCCAGGGAGGAUUCGCCGGAGGUAACGGAGGCGGCAGGCAGAAUAGGCAAACUCCUAGAGAGAUGAACUUCAACAAUACCUUCAGCCAUCCACACCACAGGCCAAUGUAUCCCCGUUGCGACGGUCCCCCAUUUCCCACCAUGGCUCCACCAUUCUACAGGAAUAUGAACUACAAUAGAAACUAUCACAAGAACGUUCUCAGGGUAUAGGGUCCGAUCAUUGGCCCACAAUAGGGGCCGCUGUGUCACCCGACUUUCCCUGUAGCGCCGCUUUUGGCCCCUCCAUGUGUAGGAGGGGCGCAGCCGAUCGCUUGUUGGGCAGUCCGGUUACCAGGUGCGAGAGAGAUGGGCGUCCGGGACGACCCCUUUUGGUGUAAAUUUGAUUUUACUCUUUUAGAGAAAUAACAAUGAUUGCCACCGAGAUUCUCCUGUCUCUGUCGCUCGGCGGUAACCCUUCUGCCCAUCAAAUAUAUAUUUUUUUUUAAUUUAGGGUAUACCUUAUGCACAAGACCUUGAUGGUUUGAAGGUUUUAAAAUUAAGGAUUACUUGGUAGAUGGUUGAUAGAAAAGGUCAGACGGUCAUAGCGUUGCACGCUGAAUUUGGAGAAGGAUAACUAUUGCGUUUGGUUUUGUUUCACUUAUUAAAACGGAUUUUAACGAUAAGACUUUGGUGCAACUUGCCUCCGUCCAUUUUGAACUAUUUUAUAUCGUUAUUCAUAAAAAAAAAUCGCCCUAUGAUAAAGUACUGUUUUUUUUUUGUUCUUUUUGGACAUUUCUCUGGCUGUAUCCUAGAGAUAUGUAAUUAUUAGUUUUAAUAAUAUCAUCCAUAUUGUACAGGGUGGGCAUAACAGCUAAUUUUAUGACCUAAUUUGGUGUCUUGAUUUUCUGGUUACACUGGUGGUAGACGUCAACUCGCUUAUUUUUAGGUAGAUUCUCGACAUGUUUUAAUAAGGUGCCAUGGAUAUAACCGAAAGUGCCAGAAAUUUCAUAAUAUUUUAAUUAUAUUUUGUAUUGAAACUGCCCUGUAUACAUUAAAAUAAACUACUGAUAAGGAAAAGUAGGUAAGAUUGUACACAUUGAUUAUUUAUCUUAGUGCAACUAAAGACAUUUUUUUUCAUUACAAAUAAUUCUCUAUUUUCUUUCCCACAUUGACGAGGACACUACACAUAUAAUAUUUUUCCCGUUAAUAAUUGUCCAUUAAUAUACUAAUAAUUUUUCCUCGUUUUUAAAUAUGAUUCACUGUCAUUAACAAAUAAGAAAGUCAUGGAUACUUUAACCCUUCCUGUCUCAUAUGCCAUUUAGAAAUUAAAAUAACCAAGUACCUAAAAGACUUAGUAGUAAAUUUUUAGAGUUUUAACGUCGAUAAAUUAUGUUUUAUAAAACUACCCAUUUUGCCUUGCCAAAUUUUUGUUCGAAAUAAGUAAUUCAACGCCAAACGUGAUACUAUCCGCUGAAAGAAAAGCCUUUUCUUCUAGCGCCAUUAUUGUUUCUAAAUGUAGUUAUACCGAUAUUUCUUUGUGUAGCAUCGAAAGGUCAUACUGGUCUUUCGAUUGCGUAAUGUACAUUUAUGUUUGACUGUAGAAAAACUAUUGUUUUUUAUGAUGCUUUAAAUGUGAUUCUCUAGAUUUCACUGUUUGACCUGUUAAUUAAUUAAUCGUGUUGUAUAGUUCGCUCUAUACAAAUGGCGGGGUACGCCGCUGUAACUUUCGAGGCUGAAACUAUAAUUGUGAUUUUUUAUUUUAAUGAAAAGAGGGUAUUGUUCUCGAUUUCUUUAGGGAUUUUCAAAUACCGGCGAUUUUCUCGGUGAAAUACUUUUUCUUUUAAAAUUUCAUUUUACUACUUAAUCCAGCCAGUCGCUCAACGCGGAAGUGUUUCACCGAAAAGACGUCACUUGAAUUGUUUAGGUAGGCAACCAUACAAGCUAAUUUUUUAUACAUAUAGUCUAGAGUGCGCCACGUUGAAUGUUAUGUAGCUUUAAUCUUGUAUUUACUUUUCUUUAUAUAUUUUUGUAUAAAAAAAAUAUGAAAAUUAUUCGCCUUAAGUUUUCGUAUUAUCUGUGAUAUGUAACCAUUUUUAUUUUUCGCGACACAUGACAUUGACAGCCGCGACCUCUAGCACUUUUUUAUUUAAAAAAAAAAGUAGUAAUGCUGUGUCAUUAGAACUAAAAUAUUAAGUAGAACCACCAGUAGUACAAAUUAUUCCCAAUGUUUAUAGGUAUUGUUUUGACUAUGAGAAUAUUCAGUCGUUUAGACCUUGUGUGGAUUCUCUUUUUGUGGGUUUGCUUUUGUGAUUCAUGGUAGGUACUAAAAAUUGACAUUUACGCAAAUAUAUGAGUAUUCUGCCGUCCCUAGUUAAAACAUGUUAACUCGCAAAUUGAUAAAGCUGAGCAAAUUGAGAUUUUAUGAAAACUAAUAUGAGGUCCUCAUAUUUUGAAAUACUUACCUGAUUCUUUUUAUAUGCUUAGAAAUUUGUUUUUUACAUUUGUGGGUAAAGUUUAGUAAAAGACUAGAUUCAAAAUUUGGUGAAAUUUUAGAAAAAAAAGUUAGAUAGGACAUUUUUAAUUAGUAAAGUAAUUAUAAUAAAAAAAUAUAUCUGUUUUUGGACUGAUUUUCAUUAAAGAUACAGGAGUUUCACAUUUCAAAUUAACAUUAUAACUAAAUUACUAACUAAUAAAACAUUAGAACAAUAAAAACAGUAUGAAAGUAAAUCAUGAAUGGAUAUCACUGGACAUCUACAUUUUCUUUAUUGUAAGUAUCAUUACUUUGGGACACGACUAAUUCUUCCCAGAAUAUCAUUCGGUUCUGUGUUGUUUAUCUCUUCUACAUGGACCUUAAAUGAGGUUGCCUUUUCUACAGCCGAUUUAAAAUCAUUAUAAACGAAUACUUUUUCGUGCCUUUUCAAUGAUGUUCUACCUGGUGAUGGAAUGAGUCCACGGACAUAAAAUAAAACUGAGAGCAGAUUAAAAGUAUUUACUUCCAAAUUCUCCAGUUCAGUCCCGGAAGAGUUUACAACGUAAACAAAAUAAGGCCCAAUUUUUAUUUUGAGCUGCACAGUUAUCAAGCCAGAUCGUAAAAUUACGCAUGUCUCUGUUAUAUAAAAAAAAAAUUCAAAAAAAGUUGAAAUUAAAUCUUUCUUAUUUCGACCUGCAACCCCUUUAUCCUACUUAGGACAUUUUAACUUAGAAAAAGAUAGAUAGGACAUUUUAAUUUGAGAUUAUCGUCUUUUCUGCACAUAGGACAAUAUAUUUAGGUGAAUUUAAGGCAUAAACAAUGUAUGUAGGACUUUCUAAUUUAGCCAAGGAGGUAGAUACCAUUUGAUAGGUUAAUAAAAUGUAAUAAGCCAAAAAAAGAGAAUUUUGUAAUUAGGACGUUUUAACUAAGGAGGGCAGUAUUGUGGUUGACUGGUUUUAUUAAAAUGAUAGUAUGUUUUCUGUAUGCAAAAAAUUCCUACUAUCUUUUAAUAAAUAGAGCAAUUAGAAACUUAUACUACUAAGUGUCAAUUAUCUCAGUUUUAACAACUAGCUAAUAACAAUGUUGAAUAUAUUUAACUGGGUACACUGUAUGUUUAUUGGUAUAUUAUCUCUCUAUAACAUGAAGUUAGCUAAGAUAGUUGUUGUAUAUAAAAUAGGUGUUAAAUUAUUGGGUCCCGAAUAAAAGACUGUUUGGCGUAAGAAAAACGUCAAACUUUAUACUGUAGUAUUAGGCGUUAAAGCGUUUGAUGGUUGCCUACGGGUUAUUUAUGCUAUUUUGUUUAAUUUUCUUUAUACGAAAAUAAGACAAAAUAACAUUAAAACAAAAAAAAAACGGAUAUUUUCAUAGUUUCGUGAAAUUAUCUGCAAUUAAGAAUUAUAUUCAGUGGUACAAAUUUUCAACAUAUUGAUGUUAAAUGUGUCAAAAGAAAUUUAUUCAAAUCUCUAGGUUAAAAAAACUGUCAAUAUUACGAUAAUAAAAAAAAACACGCCUAUAACGGCACGGUCCUGGUUCGCUUUUUAUAAUGAUCCUUCUUUAUAUGUGAUAGUUAAACGUUAGGUUAAUUUAUCUGUCAGUUAAAAACACUAGUAGUUAACUUAGGACGGUGCCGCCGUUUAAGGGAUAUUAUUUUUUGACAAAGUAUUUUUGAGAAAAAUACUCUGCUUUCUUUCAUUGCGUGGUGGAUCCUCCUUUUAUGUAUAUUAAAAAUAAAAACUUGUGUAUAUAUAUAUAUAUUUAUCAUGUAGAAAUCCCAUAUAGCUUUAAUUUUCCUCUAGAUUCGAAACAAGGCAGGGUAUUGAGCGUAGGACCUUUUUUACCGAUAAUCUAUAUCGUAAUCCUUUUUAAAAAAAUAAUGUUAUUCACACUAUAUCCAAUUUUUGUUAUUAUAAUUAGUAAUUUCAUUUUUUAUUAGGGUUAGUUUUUUUUUUCGUUUUAAAUCCGCAUUUUAUAAUCAGGAAUAAUAUUAAUUAUUAAAAAUUCGUUGUAGUCGUAUGGUAAUAUCUGUAAUUUUCUUUUUUUUUUCUUACUUAUUUCACUCCUAGCAGUUCUUAAUUUUGUUGUACUUUAAAGCUUUUAGGACGUCUGAUUUAAGUGAUUUUGAUUGGUUUCGAAGAAAUUUGUUCUAUUAAUUUUCAUUUAUAUUUCAACACUUUAGGAGAUUAAAUGAUCAAAUUGUGUUUCCAAAUUCUCACGCAAAUUGCAUUAAAUCAGUUCAACAACCAAACUCUUACUAAACCAAAUAAAAAUAUCCUAUAAAUAAAGGCGUCCUAAAACAAACAAAUUUAAUGUCCUACAGACACAACAAUUGAGCUGACUAAGGCUGAAAAUUAACAUAAGACUUAACUACUGAGUCUAAAAUGGUCCAAACUUUAUAUGACGAACUAUCGCGAUGUCUCGUAAGAUUCUUAGGAGUGUAUUUCCAUCCCUACGUGUUUUUCCGCUUAAAUUACCUCCUAGACAUCUCUGUGAGAAUUAUAAGCGGACGGUAAUUUAAACCGGUUAUAACCGGAGGUGGAAAUGCUCGCCAACAAGGCUUUUUUAUUUUUUUACAGUAAGGUUUUGGUAUUUUCACAAAUAAAACUGUAUUCUAUAAACAUCGUGUUAGAUGUAGAAUUGGUUAUGUACGGAAAGAGUGAUUAAGUUUAAUUGAGACAACGAUUUAUUUGCGCCGUGUAGAAUUUUUUACGUAGAACGAGAUCCUUAAUUUUGAGAGUAGCGCAUUAAUUUUUUUCGAUAAAUUUUCUGCAUGAACGAACCAGUUCUACACAGCACAUAUUUUAAUAGUUAAGGUUUGGUUAUAUUUUAUUUAAUUUGUAACGGUAUGAUCUAUUUUUGGAUAAUAUGUAAACGAAAACUAACAGGGUGUUUUAUAACAACUAUCUCGGUAUUGAGUAACGUCUUUUCAGUUAAUUUUUUAUUAUUAAAGGCAGGUUUUUUAGGGUAGUAUGAUGUACAACAGUUCACACACACACGCUAAUACUAGUCAGUGAUAACGAUUUCGUGGAAACAAUUAUCUUCGUGUCAAUUGUUGAAACAUGUCGCAAAAAUGUACGUGCAAUUGAUGAUAAACGAAUACAAUUUUCAAAAAAAAUGUGAUAUUAGGAAGUUAAUUUUGAAACUAACAAGGUAUUCUUUGACAAUUUUUAAAAUAGUUUUUUUGUACAUUAGGACCUUAUGAAGCCUGCACUGAACUUACUGUAGAAAUAUAUAUUGUAUAAUGAACAUGUAUAUGUAUAGAGAAAAAUGAUUGUUCUAUGUAAUAUAAUAUAAAAUACAUAUUUAAAUAUAUUAAUGUUAAGCAGUGCAUUUAAAA